UAGAAAGCACAAUAAGACCGCAACUCUCUGCUUCCUCCUGCCUCUUAUCUCUUCUCCCAUCUCCCUCUUCUCCACUUUUUUUGCUCGUGUAGUCAUGGAAGUCGAAACGCCGGCACCCGAAAUCCUACUCAUGGAAGAGAUUGCGGACAUCCGAUCAUUCAUGGGCUCUGAAAUCUCAGAUCGAGAUAUCCUCCGAGCCCUCUCGCUUGCCGGAAACAACACAAACCGCGCCAUCAACAUCCUCCUUGACGCGCUCCAGUCGUCGGAUUCGGCAGACCUCGCACUCAAUCCCGUAUGUCCUCCGAAAUCUAAUGAUUAUGCUUAUGCUACUACUACACAGGAACCAAAUGCUACUGUUCUGAACUUGGCGGGAGAUGGGAACGGUAGGGGGCAAGAAACGGAAGUGAAUGAAGAAAAUAACAAGGAAAAUCCUAAAUCCAAAGUUAAUUUGGGCUGUAGAAUAGAAAAUGAUGUGGCAUCUGAAGGUCGGAACCAAAGGGUGGACAUUGAUAUAGACUCCGAAGAAGAUGUGACUUCGAAGCCGAAGAGAAAGCGUGAAAGUGUGAAAGAAUUGGAUGAAAAGUUCAAGAGACAGCAGACCACUGAACAAUUAGAAGGCCAUUCAAAUACAAAGAAAGAUGGGCACUUGACAAAGGAGUCUUUGGUCACGGUCACGACAACCGUAGAGGAGUCAGCAGUUGACAAUUUCUCCAGCCUUGCGAGGGCUCGUUUGGCUCCGCAUCUCAAUCCACGCCCAAUAUCUGCUAUCAGACCACCUGGUGUAGUCACUGAUCGGAAUCUUCUGCUGUACUCCAAUCCGAAGGAGCCAGAGUUCGGAGAGUUUCCUGAUGAGUACGAUUGGUUACUUGUAGGGAAGGCUUAUGUCAAUGGCCUCUCCACAUGCAGAGGGAGAAAACACAUCGAUGAUGGGGAAAUUGUUCACUUCUCAUUUCCAUCCUCCGAGAAGAAAAAAUUGAUUGGUAAGAAAUUCCAGAGACCAAAAGCUGCAAUGGCAGCUGCGGAGAUUGUUCGCUUCUCAACCAAGCGGAGUGGCGAGAUUGGAAAACUUCCACCAGAGUGGACUAGAUGCCUCAUUCCACUCGUAGCAUCCUCAAAAGUGAAGAUUCUGGGGAAGUCUCUAAUUUCAGCCGUGCAGCUUAGCUUAAUGCAAGAGAUUGUUUUGCAUGUCAGCUUUUACAUUCACAGAUCAAUCUUCACUGAAGGUUGCAAUUUCACAUUCAAGCUAUCAGUUCCUUCAAACUCUGCUUCUAAUGUCCAUCCUCUUCUUAGCCUGUUCAAGCGUCUAAGAAUGAAGCCAGUUCAAAGGGCUGAAUUUACUCCAGAAGAACUCGAUACCCGAAAGAAGUCACUAAGCCUAAACGCUGGUGAGGGAGAUGCGUCCGUUGAAAUGAUAGUCCAUGCAAAGCGAGUAACCGGGGACCCUGGGCAAAGCAGUGACGAGCAAGCAAUCUCAGAGUCAUCUUUGAAUAAAAUUGUUGGAACUUCCGAUGAGUACGAUUUAGAGGAAGCAAUGCCGCCUUCUACGCUCUGCUGUGCUCUACAUCCAUACCAGAAGCAAGCCCUUUACUGGAUGUGCGAAUUAGAGAAAGGAACUGAUUUUGAUAAAGCAACCAAAUCUCUUCAUCCCUGUUGGGCUGCUUACAGAAUUUAUGACAAGCGAGCCUCUGAAAUCUAUGUAAAUGUUUUUACUGGGGAAUCUACCACUCAGUUUCCAAGUGCUAUGCAGAUGGCAAGAGGCGGAAUCUUGGCAGAUGCAAUGGGCCUAGGAAAGACUGUCAUGACAAUUGCUUUAAUACUUGCAAGAAUUAAUGGAGAAAGGCCAUAUGAUAAUGGUUAUUCCCAUGAACAUGGAUCAAAUACAAAGGGAGGCACCCUUAUUGUAUGCCCAAUGGCAUUGCUGGGUCAGUGGAAGGAUGAGCUUGAAACUCAUUCAAAGCCAGGUUCAUUUUCUGUUUAUGUGUAUUAUGGUGGUUCAAGAAUGAAGGCCAGUGAUAUUGAGAUGCUUGCUAGAUAUGAUGUGGUUUUGACAACAUAUGGAGUUCUAUCAUCAGCUUAUAGAUCUGAUUCCGUGAAUGCUAGCAUCUUCAACAAUAUAAAUUGGUACAGAGUAGUACUAGAUGAAGCUCAUAACAUCAAAUGCUCAAAAACAAAAGUUGCUCAGUCAGCAUUUGCCUUGAACGCGUACUGUAGGUGGUGUCUAACUGGUACCCCACUUCAGAAUAAGUUGGAAGAUCUUUACAGUCUUCUUUGCUUCUUACAUGUUGAACCAUGGUGCAAUUGGGUCUGGUGGAACAGUCUGAUUCAAACUCCGUAUGAUAUGGGAGAUGUAAGAGGGUUGAAAUUGGUAAAAGCCAUCCUACGCUCACUAAUGCUAAGGAGAACGAAAGAUACAAGAGACAAAGAGGGGAGGCCUAUUCUUGUUCUACCUCCAGCCCACAUCCAAGUUGUGGAAUGUGAACAAUCUGAAGCUGAACGAGAUUUUUAUGAAGCCCUUUUCACGCGAUCGAAGGUCAAGUUUGAUAAAUUUGUUGAACAAGGUAAAGUUCUUCACAAUUAUGCCUCCAUUUUAGAGCUUCUACUCCGUCUACGACAGUGUUGCAAUCACCCUUAUCUUGUUAUGAGUCGUGGACAGAAUCAAGAGAAUACUGAUCUCAACAAGCUUGUCCACCGAUUUCUUGGAGGUCCUCAGUCGAACCAGGCCCCAACACGAGCCUACGUUGAGGAAGUUGUGGAGGGCCUCCGUAGAGGUGAGGUCACUGAGUGCCCAAUCUGUCUUGAAUCAGCAUCUGAUGAUCCAGUGCUCACUCCAUGUGCCCACCGGAUGUGUCGUGAGUGCUUGCUCGCAAGCUGGUCUACUCCGGUCGGUGGGCCAUGCCCAAUCUGCCGGAGGGCCCUGACUAAAGAAGACUUGAUAACAUGCCCAAAUGAGUGUCGGUUUCAGAUCGAUAUUGAGGAGAAUUGGACAGAGUCAUCCAAGGUGAAAAAACUGAUGGAAUGCCUUGAGAACAUUAAGAGGACAGGGGAGAAGAGCAUCAUCUUCAGCCAGUGGACUGGCUUCUUGGAUUUGCUGGAGAUUGCUUUAAGGGGCGAAUUUGGUUUCCUCAGGUUUGAUGGCAAGCUAAAUCAACAGAGGAGAGAAUACAUACUGAAGGAGUUCAAUGAGAGCAAAGAUAAGACGGUGCUACUCAUGUCACUCAAAGCAGGAGGUGUAGGCUUGAAUCUCACAGCAGCAUCUAAUGUUUUCAUCAUGGAUCCAUGGUGGAAUCCGGCAGUGGAGGAGCAAGCAAUAAUGAGGAUUCAUAGAAUUGGACAGAAGAGGCAGGUUCGAGUAACACGUUUCAUUGUGAAGGACACUGUUGAAGAGAGAAUGCAACAAGUGCAGGCAAGGAAGCAGAGGAUGAUUUCUGGAGCCUUGACAGAUGAGGAAGUUAGGAGUGCUCGCAUCGAGGAGCUCAAGAUGCUAUUUCGAUAGAUGGUGAAUGUUUCAUGUUUUGAAGGAAAGAUGGCCGAUGCUUCUCCCUUUUGUUUCACAAGUUUUGUGCAUGAUACUGAUCCUUCCCUUGUCUGAAAAGAAUAGUUCUUGGGCAUUCGUUUUGUAAAUCGGCUUUAGAAUGCCAAUUCUGUAAGUCUGAUGUGUAUUCCAAGAUCGAACCAUAAACUAGCAACUUUUGUAGUUAGUCUUCUCAUUAUUGCAUCUAAACUGAAUCCUUGUAAUUAGAUGGUAUUAAUUCACAAGAUAUAUUUCCUGUCGAA